UCUUUGGGAGGGAGAACUCUAGACUCGCCCUUUCAGCUGACCAACGGCGCAGCGGCCAAGUCGCUCACUGACCCUCAGUCUGCGUUGCUAACUGCGGGUAACGGGACGUGCUCUGGCAAGCACGAGUCUGGAACAUUAUUUUGGAGAUACGUGCGUCCUGUUCUCGGAAUGUCUCAAAGGCGAGUUGUGCGUUGUGCCACCCACCUUCUGAGCGUGAGGGCAGAUUUCCGGAACAGACCUUGCAGCAUAGUCCUUGUGGGAGCGCACGAGCGGACCACGUGGUUAAGUCUGUGGUGUCUUGUACUAAUGGCAUCACAUACACCAACCAGUAGAAGAAAGCACGCAGAGAUUGUGCAGAAUCGUGGUGGCUGCAGUUCGAAUAUCUUCACAACAAUGUAACUUGAGUAUAGUUGUUUGGAUUAAAUAAAAUGUGUAUUUUAAAUUA